CGCCACCGUCACGCAGCCACACAUCCCUCCUCGAGACGCCGAGACUCGAAGAGGAGGAGGAGGAGGGGCCCCGAGACUUCCCAGCCCCUCGCUCAGCCUCCCCGCUCGGCGUCGCCGGGGCUUUGCGCGAAUUUCGCACCGCGCUUCGCGGACAGCCAACUUACUCGGGGAUUUCCCAGCGAUGUCGUCGGGAGAGCGGAUCGAUGCUGCUGCUGCUGCGUUCAACGGGAGCGAGCGUACGUCCGUUCGGACCCCGGGAGGCAACCGCAGCAAGGAGUACUACUGGGACUUUGAGUACUACGACUAUGAGCCCAUCUCGUUCGAGGGACUGCGCGCUCACCGCUACUCCAUCGUCAUCGGAUUCUGGGUCGGCAUCGCCUCGUUUGUCCUCUUCAUGUUCUUCAUCCUCGUCAUGCUGGUUCGGUCCGGGACGACAGAUGACCGGCGUCGUUGCAGCUCGAGGGGACCGAGCGUGCGGCGGAGAGCGCACGCCCUGCCGCGGAGUCCCAAGGCCGGUGAAAUGAGCUCCGUGAUCGAGCCGGGUUUCGGCAACAGGCGGGGCGACGACGACGCUGAUGAGGAGGAGGAGAUGGCGGCGAUGACAUGCAUUCACCGCGAGCUGAGGCCCGGCCGCGCCGCGCUCCUCCACGAUGAGCAGGAGUGCCCUGCCGCCAUCGCCAUGGCCACCACCACCACCACCACCGCCGCCGCCACCGCCACCUCCAUCAUCUACCACUCGGACAGCUUCGACAUCCCCAACCUGAUCUCCGAGUCGCGGGUGGACGCCGCGUCGGGGACGGCCGACGUGAGGCCCUCCCUGUCGGAUUAGCGGCGACUGACGCCGGAUAUGUCAAUGCCUACUGUGUAGGUGUCAGCAGUUGUCCGUCCUGCGCCCCCACUUGAUGCCAAUGGUGCAUUCGAAUCUGCUGGUUUGACUUCAUGGCUCACUACGCGGCCUCAGACACGUCGGCGCCAACUAUCGCCGCGAGGCCAUCGUCAGACGGACGGUGGGAGGUUGACGCAGCCCACGCACUGGGCUGCGUCGGGGUCGGCACGUCGAGUGGGAGAUCAAGCGGUGACUGGAAGCGGUCCAGCUGCCCCGUGCGAGAUCGAGAUGGCAGCCUCUCUGCUGCGGAGGCGUCGACUGCUGCGAGUGGUGUGGACGCUGUAGUAGCCUCUGUCGGUCGAGCAGAAUAGUAAGCGGUCGUAGUUUAGCCCUUUGAUUUGUAUUUGUUGCGCGUGCUACCCGCUGUGCUGUUCGCUCUUCUGGAGACAAUGGAUGCCAAUUCAGGAACUGAAUUGGAGCGAAAAACGAUGCACAUGAUGCCAAACAAUCAAUGGUCCCAAGUCGGAAGCGCAUUGGGGAGCUGCUAUACAGAUACCAUUACGAUUACGCUUCACCGACAAAGGAUCGGAGUGCCCAGCCAGUUGUGCAAUCUGGCGUCGUGUCAUCAGACGAGGUCCGUUUGGAGCUGUGGAAGAGCAGUGCGACUCCACGUGUCUGAGCGUGGCUCCGUGGAAGCAGAUUUCACAGAACUUCUUCUGAGAUCCCUUGAAAGUGGCUUUUUUUAGCCACACACUAGGGGCACUGCACUUUUCCGCAUGCCCUGCCCCGGGGAAAUGUUUGUCUCAUGGCAGUCAAAUCAAAUAGUUUGAACUCAAUACUGCUGCUCCGUAGGCAAAUUAACAAGGAGCCCUAAAUUAACGUGAUGUGUCCUGUGCAAUCAGUGGUGUAGGGAUGAGGCUGUUAAUACACACUGGGCUUGAGGACCCGGUUGAAUCACAGGUGGUUGAUAUUUAUAUUCGAACCCUAGAUCUCAGUCUUCUUUCGAAUAGUAUUUCUGGGGAUUGCAACAGAUUACACAUUAUCAUGGGACCUCCUUUGCCAGUACCAAAAUAUCAGAAUAGGUCUUGCCCUUUUUUCUUGCAACAAAACAGAUGUUAAGAUGUUAAAACACCAAACGGAAACCUUUUACAAGGAAUCAUGUCUGCAUUAACCACAAUGCUUGUGGUCAGGAUGCAAACAAAAAACAUACUCUGAUAAUAUAUGCAUUGUCUUUUAAACUGAUUGGUCCACACCAGAGACAGCUUUCCUUGGUGUUAGACCAGAGGACGCCAAAAGGUAUAACUCCUUUUCAGACUAGGCUCCAAGGAAAGGUGUCUCUGGUGUGGACCAAUCAGUUUCAAAGACAAUGCAUAUAUUAUCAGAGUAUGUUUUUUGUUUGCAUUCUGACCACAAGUAUUGUGGUUAAUGCAGACAUGAUUCCUUGUAAAAGGUUUCAGUUUGGUGUUUUAACAUUUUAACACCUAUUUUGAUUUGAAGCUUUCGUGACUGCAGCAAUCCAUACUCUUUGGUUCUUUCGGUAAAGUCACGUAGUUAGAAAUAAAAUAAAAUAAAAAAAUAUAUAAUUUUUUAUUUUAUUUUAUUUCUAACUACGUGACUUUACCCAAAGCAUCAAAGAGUAUGAACACCUGUUUUGUUACCAGAAUAAAGGGGAAACCCCAUUUUCAGAUUAUACAUCAAUGUCGAGAUUUAAUAUCUAUUGGAUUUCUUCAAGAGCAGCGACGUGGAUGUGUUUCAGAUCGCCGUUGAAUGAUCUGACUGGGCAGUCGUUCACGAGUUUUUGCACGGUCUGGAUCUCAGUGGGACAAAGUCAGCGCUGACUUUCUGUGCCACCCGGCCACCCCCUGCUGGUAUUAUAUGAAUGGAAAUUAACCCGUGGGGCCCAGUCAGACGUUAUCGAGCCUGCGCAGAGGAUGCCACGUUGCAUGUUAAUGCACUCCCUUGCGUGGAAUCGACCUACAUUUUCCUGAGUGCGGCUUGAUGGAAUAGGAUUUUUGCACGGCGAACUCCGUGGAAAUUCGGCCACUUCGCUGGCGGUCAUGGGCGCUGCGGAAUUUGGACGGACACACGCGUUCGGUCCGCGGUGGAAUUGGUUUGGCGACUUAUAUUCUAAGCCUCUCGUAGAAUCGGUUUUCAUGGUCGCGCACGCCGGCCAUUGGAAAUCCGAUUGAAUAUUAAGAAUCCCCGAACUUGUUAACUGUCAUAGAGUGAUGAUAAAUAUUGGGGUGAGGAUAAAUAUUGUACAGCCAAAUAGCUGAAAUGUUACAUUUCAACAGUUAUGGGGCUCCCCCCCCCCCCACCCCCAAAUAUGCAAUGGUUGAGCUGACAACAUCGUGCCGUGUGAUGACCUUUCAGUGCAUCAUCCUGUGUUGGAGAACGGCCCCUAGAAAAUGAAGUGGCAGGACUACUUAAGAAGCCGCUUCAAUAUACCUCUUUAAGCACGCUAAGUGCACGCAUUUUGCAUGCCCUGCGAAUUGUUCCGGUCCCUCAUUCACACAAUCUAAAUGUGAAAUUCGUGGAAAUGGAAAAGAGGAAUUCGGCGAAAGAGAUAUUUCAAGAAGCCGGUUUUAUUCACAGGUGGCUGAAAGCAUGGGCAGAAGUUUGCGGGGGAGGGGAGGGGGGCAAUAACCCCCCAAAACUUGACAUCUUUAUUAUUUUGAGUAGUUUAGAAUAUUUUUUAUUAUUUACACCCGCGAUUCCUAUUGUGAAAGACAAAGUUAACCCCUGCCCCUCGCCCCGAAUAGAAAAUUCAAACUCCGCCUAUGGCUGAAAGCCAGAUUCAAACCCAGGAUGUCAGUGGUGCCGGUUCAGGGGUCUGGCUCUGUAGUGCCAGUGGGCCAAGCGACCCAGCCACCUCUCAGCAUCGGUGUGUAUACCCAGCUCUCCAGAGAAGUGAAUUAAAGGGAUCUCGAACGGCUCUCGGUCGCGUUAAACUAAAGGCAUUUGCAAGUGGGAUGACAUUGACUGGCUCUAUGUGACAACGAUCUUUUUGUAAAUAAGUUAUAAUGUAUUUAUAGUCCCCUUGAGCCACUAAACACACACACACGUGCAGUAUAUAUUUGUAUAGCCAUUGUGGAUAUUAAUAACAGGCUCGCCAUAGUAUCAACCUACAUGCAGCUUCAGCUGCCCUGUCUAAACCUUGCCAAAUAAAAGUUCACGGUGAAAGUGCGAUUUUUUUUUUUACUGGUUCAGAGCAAGGCUCCCGUUAUCGCUUUUUCGCUGCACAACCACGCCAGGGUCAUCCCGGCGCACCUCGUGAUGAGACGCCGGGUUUGUUUUCCCUCUGCAGAAGCCGAGCCGUAUCGCCGGCGUCAAAUGCGAGGAACGCAUGUGGCGCGACAUGUACGGCGAGAUCGUUAACCCCGCCUGUGGCCGUGCUUCACCCCGGCAGUCAGAUUCAGAUGUCUCGUGGCUCCAAGGUUUCACGGUUUGGUUCUGACCAGAGGUCGCAAUCGGGUACCCGAUACCCGUACCCUACCCGAUUAAAGGCUAACCAUACCCGGCCGGGUACGGGUACCCGUUUGCGACCCUGGUGCAGGCCUGGUACGGAUAUGGGUAAGGAAUCAAAACCCGUUUGUGACCUCUGGUUCUGACCUGGCUGGGCCAAAGACGUUCCGUCUUCCCAGCAGCCCUCUCUGUAAUAUCUCUUCACCGACACCUGAUCUGUAGUCACCAGCAUUGUGGCCAGCGAGUGGUGAAUUGGCCAGACAACUCUUAAAGUAAAAAUCGUCCAAA